AUGGACGACCAGGGCUGCCCCCGCUGCAAGACCACCAAGUACAGGAACCCCUCCCUCAAGCUGAUGGUCAACGUCUGCGGCCACACGCUAUGCGAGAGCUGCGUGGAGCUGCUGUUUGUCAGGGGGGCCGGGAACUGCCAAGAAUGCGGCACCCCCUUGCGGAAGAGCAACUUUAGAGUGCAACUCUUUGAGGACCCCGCUGUUGACAAGGAGGUGGAAAUCCGGAAGAAGGUGUUGAAAAUAUACAACAAAAGAGAAGACGACUUCCUCAGCUUAAGGGAAUAUAAUGAUUUCCUGGAAGAAGUCGAGGAAAUCGUGUUCAACCUGACGAACAACAUCGAUCCAGAAAAUACGAAAAGGAAAAUGGAGACAUACCAGAAGGAGAACAAAGAAGUCAUUCAGAAGAAUAAGAUCAAACUGACUCGAGAGCAAGAGGAACUGGAAGAGGCCCUGGAGGUGGAGCGGCAGGAGAACGAGCAGCGGCGGCUUCUCAUACAGAAGGAAGAGCAGAUGCAGCAGAUGCUGAAAAGGAAGAACAAGCAGGAACUUCUGGAUAAACUGGAAAGUUCUCAUCUGCCGGCCUCGUUACUGCUCGCCCAGCAUAAAGAUCGGUCCACGCAACUGGAAAUGCAGCUGGAGAUUCCCAAACUGGUCAAGCCGGUUGCGUUCUCGACGGGCAUCAAAAUGGGUCAGCAAAUUGCAUUAGCGCCUGUUCCGAAGAUCAAGGAAGUACUCUACGAAUAUCAGCCGUUGCACGUAGAGACGUACGGGCCGCCGGUCCCUGAGGCCGAAUUGCUGGGAAAACUUGGGUACCUAAACCACGUCCGAGCCGCCUCCCGACAGGAUCUCGCUGGUGGAUAUACUUCCUCCCUCGCCUGUCAUCGAGCCCUUCAAGAUGCCUUCAGCGGGCUCUUCUGGCAUCCCGGCUAGCAUUGGAGAAAGCGGCCCCGGAGCGACUCGAGCUGAGAGAAGAAACCUCAGGUGAAAAUUGCUGCCGUCUGUGCUACGGAGAAGCUG